GGACGGAUCGAGAAAGGUAUAGGUCACGUAAAGGAGGCACAAAAAAAUGACUUGGAAAGUAGUCGAGAAAUGUUAGCUCAAAUAGGUGAAUUGAAAAAUCAAUUCUUAGAUCUGUGUGAAGCUUAUGAAUUUAAAGAAGCCUUAGAACUAUACGUCAAGCCGCGAGGAACAUGGAAUGUGCCAAUUAUCAAAGGAUUAGUUGGCAAAAAGGAAAUGGAUUACGAAAAAAAAGAAGGUGACGUUGAAGAAGUAGUUAUGAGUUUUUUGACUUCUACAGAUAAACUUACUUCAGAUGAUAAGCAAAUUCUGGAGACUGAAGCCAAUAAAAUUUUGAGUUUAAGAGACAAGGAACCGCUAAUUAAGACAGUUAAUAGCUUUUUUGCUCCGGAGAAUAAAUUAACUUUGGAGGAUAUAGAUGUUUUAAAUGUAGCAGCUAACCAAUUUUUGACUUUAAAGGGUAGUGAAGCUUGGAAGCUUCUGAAGAUGGCGAUAAAUGAAUUCUUCGACUCAUCAAAAGAUGAAAGAGUAUUAAAAAAUUUAAUCAGCAAUUUAUUGGAAAGCUCACUUGUAUUUGAGGACAAAAAAUUUAUAGAGAGUAAAUUAGUAGACAUAAGAGCUUUGAAAUCAAUUUUGGAAAAGGCCUCAAAAGAAGAAAAUUUUGAAAAAACUGUCAAAGAACUUUUGAAUUUAAUAGCUAAAGAAGUUUUGGAAACAGCAGUAAAUUACCUCAUAAAAUUGAAGCGUAAAAGUGUAAUGCUGAUAUUAGGCAGCGGAGGUACGGGUAAAUCGACAUUUAACCGUUAUCUUGCUCGUCUUCUAUGGGAAAAAUACCAAAAAGACAAGACACAACCCAUUCCUUUAUUUAUCGCAUUAGCGCCAUUAGAAAAAUUUAUAAAUCAAAAUCAGGAUUUUAUUGAAGUUUACUUACAUGAAAAGGGCAAUCUAUCCACAGUCCAAAUUGAAGAAUUACGAAAAAGGAAGUUUGUAUUAAUUUUAGACGGUUAUGAUGAGAUUGCUGAACGUGAUCGUCAUUUCUAUGAUAGCAAUAUGUUCUCCAAAUGGAAAAAUGCGAAAAUUAUCAUUAGUUGUCGACCAGAAUAUUUAAAUCAAGGCUAUGAAGAAAUGUUUUGUCCUAAAAAAAACGGAAAAAGAGGGUUCCAAGAACUGGCACUUACACCAUUUUCGCGGACUGAAAUAGAACAAUAUAUCGAAAAUUAUGUUAGUUAUUUCAAGAAAAGUAAUUUAUUACUAUGGGAUGCAGACAAAUAUAAACAAAGCAUAAACAAUAUACCACAAAUAGAAGAUCUUGUGUGCAAUCCCGUUCUACUAAAAAUUACUUUAACUAUUUUACCAGGUUUUUUCAAAGACAAUGAAACAACAUCUCAGAUAAAUCGUAAAGUUUUGUAUGAUGAAUUUAUUAAACAAUGGUUUGAACGUGCUCAAAAUCGCUUAAAAAGUAUUCAAUUGAAAUCUGAAGAGCAAGAGGAGUUUGAUCGCUUAAAUAAUGAUUUUACUAAGCAUUGUCUACAAUUUGGUGAAAAUUUUGCUUUUAAGAUGUUUGUAGACAAUAAUAAAGUAGUUGUUGACUAUAAUUUAGAAAAUAGGGAGAUCACGUCUGACUGGGCGACGCUUAUAGGAAAUGCAAAUGUAAAAUAUUACUUAAUCGCUUGUGCAAUGUUAGAUUCACUUCAUGAUAUGUCAGAAUCAACUCUCCUUAACAAGAAAUCUAUUAUACCAGAACCUGCAAUUCAAAACUUUUUAGUCGAAGGAGUUCAACAAAAGCCAGAGUACCAAGAACUGUUGCUAAAUUUUAUUGAACGUUCUAAAAAUAAUGUAAAUAUUCAAAUUGCUUCCGCUAAUGCCAUUACAGUUUUAUCAUGUGCCAAAAUACCGCUUCCAAUAAAUUUAGACAAUAUUCGUAUUCAAGGGGCGAAUUUGAGCAAUGGAGUUUUUAAAAAUUUACAAUUUGUAAGAGCUGAUCUAUAUAACGUGAAUUUUCAAAAUGCAGAUCUUCAAAGUGCGAAUUUCAAAGAUGCAACUCUUCAAGAUGCAAAUCUUCAAAAUGCAAAUCUUCAAAAUGCAAAUCUUCAAUAUGCGAAUCUCCGAAGUGCGAAUAUUCAAAAUAUAUAUUUCCAGAAUGCGAAUCUCCAAUACGCAAAACUUGAUGUUAUCG